AUGUUUCCAAAGGAUGAAAAUAUAAAACUUGCGUGGUUGAGCAACAUAAAGAGACCAGACUGGCAGCCCACAUCAGCUAGUGUGCUAUGUUCCAAGCAUUUUGAAGCAUCCUUAAUAGAUAAAAGCGGAUUUCGAACGGUGCUUGCUCCAGGAGCCAUUCCAACAAUCUUUGAUCUGGUGCAAGACAUUAUGCCUACUUCAACAAUUACAAACGAAGGACAGAUUCUGCGAGAAAUUCAAAACAUACAGCAUGACGGAAAUAAGCUCCACGAGUUAUCAGACAGUAUCGUGGUUGGUCUAAACGGGGCCGUUGGAGAAACCACGCAGUUCGCCCAGUACCUGGCGAAGAACGUUCAGCUCUACAAGACGAGGAACCGGUACGGCCUCAGCACGGCUGCGGUGGAACACUUCGCUAGGGGCACGAUGAUGGAUGCCCUGCAUAGGGGAACACCGAACAUGCUGAACGUCUUGAUCGCGGGGUACGAUGUGGACAACGGCGGGCAGCUGUACACUAUGGACUUUCUUGGCUCCACUAUGCUGGUGCCGUACGCUUCCCACGGCAUAGGCGGCUACCUCGGUCUGGGAAUUAUCCAGUACUUUUACAAGCCCACUCUGACCGAGGAAGAAGUAUACGAGGUGUUGAAGCUCUGCGUACGCGAGAUCCACAAGCGGCUGUUUAUGAAUCUAGCCAACUUCGAGGUUAAGAUCGUCUCAAAGGAGGGGAUCGGACAUCUCCCCUCUAUCAGCCCAGAGUCCCUCAUGCAG